AACGAAACGGAAGCUUUUGCUCUCUCCGCUCCCGGAACCCUAACCGUCGUUUGUUUGCCCUCUCUUCAAUUCGAGGGCUGAAUGAUUCAAAUUCUUCAGAAUUUAAUCGGAUCUGUCCGAUGAGUUCUUGAUUUCUCGACCGAUCUUCAUAUAUAAACUCCGUGUACUUCUCUCCGAAGAAUCGGACGACGAACUUCUCUGCGAUGCACUUGUUCUGAAGCAACGGAGAUUUUUGCUCAUAUGAAUGGUUUGUAAAGCUUAUAGUUGUUUGGAAUAUCCGAUUCAGCAUCGGUCUCACGAAUCUCAAGAUUCAACUUGAUCUGCGAUUCUACGUCUCCACCAAGGGUCUGCUUCGAUACUCUCUUUGAUGCGGUAGAUCUGACGUUUGGACCAGGCAGGAGUUGAAGAAUUGCAAGAUAAAUUGGGUUUUGAAGGAUGCAGCUGCGGAGAGACCUAAGCCGUUCGAUUUGCAUCUUGAAGCAAUAUUGAUUUGGUUUGAUUGAAAUACUUGAGCUAUUGAAGAGGAUCUGUUUCAAUUUUUGUACAGUAUAUUUUCGUUUGAGUUUCAGUUCAAUAUCAGGCCACUUUUUUUCGGCCUUUGUUGAGAUUUAGGUUUUUGUGUUCGUUAUUGAUUUCUUCUCAGAAAAGAAAUUAUGGCAGUGUAUUAUAAGUUUAAAAGUGCAAAAGAUUUCGACUCAAUUCCAAUCGACGGACAUUUCAUGUCAGUUGGCAAUUUGAAAGAAAAAAUAUUUGAAUCCAAGCAUUUGGGCAGGGGUACUGAUUUUGACCUUGUUGUCACCAACGCCCAGACUAACGAAGAAUAUCUUGAUGAAGCAAUGUUGAUUCCUAAAAAUACCUCUGUUUUAAUUCGUCGAGUUCCUGGACGGCCCCGCAUGCCUAUAGUUACUGCACGAAUUCCUGAACAAGAAGAGCUGAAGGUGGAAAAUAAGUUAGAGGAUGUCCACCCAGCGAAGAAUAUCUUCUUGGGUGCUGAUUCAUCUGUAAUAAAUUAUCCUGAAGAUUCAGAGUGGGAUGAGUUUGGCAAUGACCUGUAUGCGAUUCCUGAAGUUCUGCCAGUUCAGUCAAGCAAUUUGAUCCCGGAUGCUGCCCCUCCUAGUAAAGCCGAUGAGGACAACAAGAUCAAAGCUUUCAUUGAUACACCAGCGUUGGACUGGCAGCGUCAGAAAUCGGAUGGCUUUGGCCCUGGCAGAGGUUUUGGACGGGGUAUGGGUGGAAGAAUGAUGGGUGGGCGUGGUUUUGGUCGAGGUGGUUUGGAGCGGACAACGCCACCACAGGGCUACAUAUGUCACAGGUGCAAGGUUCCCGGACAUUUCAUUCAGCACUGCCCUACCAAUGGUGAUCCUAAUUAUGACAUUAAAAGAGCAAAACCUCCAACUGGUAUUCCGAAAUCCAUGUUAAUGGCAACACCAGAUGGCUCAUAUGCAUUACCAAGUGGUGCUGUAGCUGUUUUAAAGCCGAAUGAGGCUGCUUUUGAAAAAGAAAUUGAAGGAUUGCCUUCCACUCGUUCUGUUGGUGAUCUUCCGCCAGAACUUCACUGCCCAUUGUGUAAAGAAGUGAUGAAAGAUGCUGUCCUGACUAGUAAAUGUUGUUUCCAGAGUUUUUGUGACAAAUGUGUAAGAGAUCACAUCAUGUCUAAGUCAGUGUGCAUCUGUGGGGCCACGAAUAUUAUUGCAGAUGAUCUUUUGCCCAACAAGACUGUAAGAGAGACUAUCAGUCGGAUUUUGGAAUGCAAUAAUAACAGUGCAGAAAACGGUGGCAGUGCUUACCAAGUCCAAGAUAUGGAGUCUCGCUUUCCACAGCCUAUGGUUCCUUCCCCUAUGCAGUCUGCAGCCCCAGAGGGUGAGCUAGCGCCACCAACUCCAAAAGAAGAUACUUUAAAUAUACAGGAAGAUUCUUUAAAGAUACAGGAGAUUGCAGAACAGGCUAAGGUUGUCAAUGUUCCACAGCAGACCUUGGAGAAAGGGAGCAUGGAUAAAUUUGCAGAGUUAUCUGAAUCUACACACAGGUCAAGGUGUAUGAAGGAACCAGCAUCUCAGGGGAGUGCUCCAUUGGCUGAUGAAGUGCUGCAGCAGAACCCAGUUUCUGGUGAAGCAGUUAAGAAAAAGAAAAAGAAGAAAGCUUGCUUGCCUUCAAGAGGAUACAACGAGAUGCAGUGGAGAGUGUCUCAAGACCUUGCAGCUGAGAAUUACAUGAUGCCCAUGGGUCCUUCUGCCUAUAAUCCAUUUUGGACUGGCGUGCAACCUGGAAUGGAUGGAUACAUAGCCCCUUGUUCUGUUGCCAUGCCCUAUAUGGGUUAUGGGCUUGGUCCCUUAGAUGUUCCAUUUGGGGGACUCUUACAUCAGGACCCAUUUGGAAUGAUGCCUCUUGUGCCACCUCAAAGGGACCUUGCGGACUUUGGGAUGGGAUUCAAUGCUGGACGACCUAUUAUGAGUAGAGAAGAAUUUGAAGCUCGGAAAGCCAACCUAAAGAGGAGGCGUGAAUUUGAAAGCCAUGGUGGAAGGGAGUUACCAAAUGAUCGUGUGGUUGUUAGGGACCAGAGCAGCAGGAAGUUGCCAAAAGAUCGGGAGCUCAGUAGGGAAGAAAGCGGCAGGGGUGAUACUACUUCCAUGAAAUCAAAAUCUGUAUGUACUUUGGCGUCUAAGUCUCGAUUUCUCUCUUCUAUUAUUUGUGUACUGCAGCAGGUAUACUUCAUGAUUUACAGGCAACAACAGUUCGGCCGAACACCCUUUUGGCAGGAAAAUUACAAUUUUGGAAGGGGAAUGUUUUCAGUUUCUCCUUUUCAUUACGAAGAGAAGGGGAAAUUUUUUAAUUCAUGCAGUUGGGACAAACCAAUUAAAAUCCAUUAAAAUUAUUCGAAAUCUUUACCUUCCAUUUUUCUCACAAUGCUCGAUUUGACUGCCGAAAAACAGCAGCUUUAUCUUCAGGGUUGGGUUUUUUUUUUUUUUUUUAAAUUUCUUGGAAUUAUCGGCAGUGAAAUGGAGCUUUAAUUGAGGGAAUGUAAAGGGUAAUGCUUGCUGAUUUGUUUUGUAAUUGAUUCAGUUGUGUCAUCAUUUUUCCUCCACCUUAUUGUCCCUGCUUCUGGUUUUUUUCUCGUUCAAGCAAAUUUCAUAAAAAGGUCAAAUAUGAGCUUGAAGUAGUAAUGGCCCAGAUUGCUCAUUAUUAAAUUUAAGAAGUUUAAUUAGACUAAGGGCCAAAUUACCAAACCGGAAAAAAAAUGUUUUGUUGCUUUUGAUCGAGAAACAUGCUAUACAAUUUAAAUGGAAUUCAAAAAUUGUAACUUGAAUGUAUAUUAUUCUUUGGAUGAGUGUUGUUUGUAUGUGUGAGUUUUCUUGUGAAAGUUGAUGGGACUUACUCAUUCAAUGAAUGAUAUACAUUUUAAGUUAUAAAUUUUUGAGAUUCAUUUGAGUUGUGUAGUAUUAUUCUUUGUUUAGACUCUUAUGUUCUUGUUCUGGGUACAGU